AUGGCAACGUCCACCAUCACCGAGACCCUUCACACUGCAGAAGAGAUUCCGCUCAGUGUCUUGCAGCCAAAGGCAGUCCUCAAAGCCAGUCAUGACUCCGACAAGCCAUUUGUAGAUGCGCCGAUUCUCGAGCCGGCCAUUGCAAGUGAUGAUUCUGCAGCUCCCGAGGACGCAUUCGAGGCCAAGGUGAAGUGGAAUUCGCCGCCGAUCAACAGAUAUCGUGUCCUUGCUACCUUUUGGGCCUUUUUCGUCUUGGGCAUGAACGAUGGUUCCUAUGGUGCUUUGGUUCCUCAGCUGGAAGAAUAUUACCACUUAACCUACACAGUCGUUUCGCUCAUCUUUCUGUCCCCGUUCGUUGGCUACACUUUGGCCGCAUUGGUCAACAGCCCUCUCCAUGUUCGUCUUGGCCAACGAGGUGUGAGCAUGAUAGCGCCGCUAUUUCGUCUCGUCCCGUACCUCGUCAUAACGUUUCAUCCACCGUACCCGGUCCUCGUUGUGAUGUAUAUCCUGGUUGGUUUCGGCAACGGCAUUAUUGACGCUGCCUGGAGCGCUUGGAUCGGUAACAUGGCAAACUCGCACGAAAUAUCUGGAGUCUUGCAGGCUUGCUACGCUCUGGGAGCGACGGUAGCCCCCUUGAUUGCCACUUCCAUCAGUUCGCAUGGCCGUGGUGGUUGGUGGACUUUUUACUACAUCAUGGUCAGCGCCUCUGCACUUGAGUUGGGCGCCAGCACAACUACAUUCUGGACCCAGACAGGCAAAGUCUACCUGAGCGAGAACCCACACCAAAAGGCCGGCGAGAAUGCCACAUCGGGACGAACACGAGAGGCGCUGAAGAACAAGCUGACCUGGUUCUUCUCUCUCUUCAUCUUCUUAUACGUCGGUACCGAGGUCUCUAUCGGUGGCUGGAUUGUCGUCUUCAUGACCAAAGUUCGCAACGCUUCUCCGUUUGCCGGUAGUGCCACGGCGACGGGAUUCUGGGGCGGCAUGACGGUUGGGCGUCUGGUGUUAGGUUUCGUCACUUCUCGAGUUGGUGGUUUUCGAGCAAUGCUCCUGUAUCUUGGAUUGGCCAUUGCCAUUGAGCUCGUCUUUUGGCUUGUUCCGAACAUGGUUGUGACUGCUGUGGCAUCUGCGUUGCUGGGCAUGAUUCUGGGACCCAUGUACCCUACCGCAGUGGUCCUCAUGACCAAAGUCUUGCCUCGCUCUCUCCACAUCAGUGCCAUUGGAUUUGCGACCGCCAUUGGAGGCUCUGGCUCAGCUGCUUUGCCGUUCGCGGUCGGUGCCAUCGCACAAGCAAAGGGUGUCAAGACGCUACAGCCUAUUGUCCUUGCCUCGUGUGUUGUGAUGCUGAUUGUGUGGCUGUUCCUGCAACAGCACCGACCAAAGGAUAAGGAGGAGGGCGUCAGCAUGGUCGUGUUCAAGCGGAUAGGCGAGCGGGUCCGAAAGAUGUUCAAGUAA